UUGUAAAUUGCUCUAGUGUUGAAUGAUAAAAGUCUGACAGCUGCACUAACACGUCAUGACCAGCAGAUGUCAGUCACGUGUUAAAUGUGAAUCUGAAAACUUUGAAACUCACAUUUGGUCAAUUAAUGGUUUUCAAUUCUAGCAAUUUCUCUGAAUCUUAAACUUACUGGUAAUGUGUUGAGUUCUGUUAUGGUUGAGGAAAUCCUUACUGGAAUAAAACCCAACGCGUUGUACUGCUUGUGACAGUAAACAUCUCAUGAAUCAUGAUGGUAUUUUUAAUGGACUUCUAUUGUUUUUUAUUCAUCAGGACGGCCGAAGAGUAAACUAAAUAAAUAACGGAAGAAUCGUUUGGUUUAGUGAUGAUGUUAAACAUCCGACAGGUGGCGCUAUGGGGCCAGUAACAGUGGUGAAGGGGCGGGGCAAACACACACACCGUGGAGCUCAGCAGCAGCAGCGUCAGCAACAUCCUCAUCCUCACAUCGAUGCUGUGUACGAGCGCCGCCAGAAGACUGAUGUCUGUCGGUCUGAUACAAUGAAACACGCGCGUGCCGCGUGUCUGAUUCACACACGCGUUUAAAGAAGGACACGAAGGUUGUUCCUGUCAUGAUGUCUCGGUAUCAUCAGCGGUUCGAACGGGAUUUGCGGAGCACAUGUGAGCGCAGAGCUGCAUGUGCGGUGAAGAGCAGCUGUGCAGGAGCGGUUAACGGAUGCUUCUCUUCGGUCUCCAGCAUCAGUAACAAUCGUCCAGGUCUCCUCCCGCUGCCCAUCAUCCCCUCACUGCUGACCUCGCCCGUCCCCAGCAGCACACCUCACACUGAUCUAACCUGCACCACCUCCGUCACCAAGGUCUCUGUUCAACCGUUAGGAGAAGCACAAACUCAGGGUCCCGUCCGCUGGGGACGGACGCCUGUUAACCAAUUUACACCCUGGGACACGGACGAGCCGCCUGCCAAACAAAUGAGAGAGAAAGACAUCACAGCUGUGUCACUGUGGCCUCCUCCGGCGGUCAGUCAGGCCACUCUUCUGUCUCACGCGUAUGCUGUUCCACGCGCUCCGGCGUACAGUCAGGGCACGAGUGUCCAAGCACACAUCACCCCCCCUCAUCCGCAUAUGCCUCAUCAGUACCAGCUGCCACAGCACACCUCACACACGCUCCUCAACCAUCACAGCCAAACCCUGCCCGCCGCGCCCGCUGUCUGCCAGAUCACACACCCCGUGCCCAACGGUCACCUCACACAUCCCAUGGUGCACUCUGCCACCACCAGCUCAUCGCCGCUGACCAACGGCCAGCAGAACCCUCGAGAGACGUCCGGCGGGCUGCAGAUGCUGAGGACGGUUGGAUCAGGGAAAUAUGAGUUCACGGACCGCUGGCACCCCAAAGAGAUGUUGAAGGAACUGAAUCAGCAGCGGCGAGACAAAGAGUUUACAGACCUGAAAAUAAUUGUUGAAGGAAAAGAGUUUGAAGUCCAUCAAAAUGUUCUCGCUUCCUGCAGCUUGUAUUUCAAGGACGUGGUGAAAAGGUUAUGGGUGGAGAACCGAAGCGGUGAGAAGAUGGAGUUGACGUUGAGUAAUAUCAGCGCUGAUGUUCUCGAGCUUCUGUUGGAGUUUGUUUACACCGGAUCUCUCAUUAUCGACUCGGCCAACGCCAAAACUCUCCUGGAGGCCGCCAACAAGUUUCAGUUCAACACUUUCUGUAGAGUCUGUGUGUCUUUUCUCGAGAAACAGUUAACAGCCGCUAACUGUCUCGGGGUUCUGGCGAUGGCGGAGGCGAUGCAGUGCACAGAACUUCACAACAUGGCCAAAGCUUUCGCUCUUCAGAACUUCCCUGAGGUGGCUGCUCAAGACGAGAUCCUCAACAUUUCUAAAGAAGAUCUGACGAGCUACAUGUCCAAUGACCGUCUGAACACUAAAGCUGAAGAGCUGGUGUACGAGACCCUCAUCAAAUGGAUUAAAAAAGACCCCGACAGCAGAGACCAGCACGUGUCUGAGCUGUUGGCUGUGGUUCGUCUUCCGUUUAUUCACCCGAGUUAUCUGUUGAAUGUUGUGGAUAAUGAAGAGUUGAUCAAAUCUUCAGAAGCGUGCAGAGAUCUGGUCAAUGAAGCCAAACGUUAUCACAUGCUGCCUCACGCCCGUCAGGACAUGCAGACGCCCAGAACUCGCCCUCGACUCUCUGCGGGUGUUGUGGAGGUGAUCGUGCUGGUUGGAGGUCGGCAGGGGGUCGGUAUGAACCAGCGUUCGCUGACAGCCGUCACUUGCUUUAACCCUCAGAACAACAAGUGGUACCCGCUGGCCAGUCUGCCGUUCUACAACCGCGAGUUCUUCUCCGUCAUUUCAGCGGGGGAUAAUAUUUACCUGUCAGGUGGCACAGAAUCUGGAGUGACGCUGGCAGACGUCUGGUGUUACACGUCUCUGUUGGAUAACUGGAAUCUGGUGUCACGGAUGACGGUGCCGCGGUGUCGACACAAUAGCGUGGUGCAUGACGGCAAACUUUACACCAUCGGAGGACUCGGAGUGUCUGGAAACCUGGAGAAUGUGGAAAGGUAUGACACCAUCACUAACCUGUGGGAGACGGUGUCUCCUCUGCCUAGAGCGGUUCAUUCAGCCGCAGCUUCAGUGUGUGGAGGAAAGAUUUAUGUGUUUGGAGGAGUGAAUGAAACCAGUCGGUCUGCUGGAGUCCUGCAGUCAUAUCUGCCACAAAACAACACCUGGACCUUCAUUGAGUCACCCAUGAUCGAUAAUAAACACGCUCCUGCUGUGACACUGAAUGGAUUUAUAUUUAUACUGGGAGGAGCGUAUGCGCGAGCGACCACCGUCUAUGACCCAGAGAAAGAAAACAUCAGAGCAGGACCCAACAUGAAUCAUUCCAGACAGUACUGCAGCGCCGUGGUUCUGGACGGGAAGAUUUAUGUGAGCGGUGGGAUGGUGAGCAGCGAGGGUCCGGCUCUGGGAAGCAUGGAGUCUUUUGAUCCCGGUGUGAACGCGUGGACGCUGCAGCAGAAUCUGCCCUGUCCUCUCUUCAGACACGGCAGUGUGGUUAUAAAGAAAUACAUUCAGAGCGGCUGAUCCUGAAGCGCACCGAACGCUCUCUCUCUCGUUUCACAUGAAUGUAGGAACUACACCUGCCGGAGCUCAAGCCUUAAUGCUCUUUGGCUGUCAAGAAAAAGCCUUUUGUCAUCUUUUGCGUCAUUUUAUUUUUCUGUGAAAGGACUCUGUCUGUCUGGCCUCCUUUGAUUUCAUCAUCUCGCACUGUCUCACUUCUGUUUAAUAACACGACUUGCACAAGCACAAAAACCUCAGUCGACCCUUCGCCAAGCUCCGCCCCCUCUUGGUGAUCGUCCUGUAGGAAUAAAUUGGAUGGUGCAACAUUCAGUACAGUUGGCUUCAUUUUAAUUUGACAUUUUUCUUUUAACAAAAUCCAAUAUGUAAAUGAAGCGAGCUUUAUUUGGCUGGAAGAUUGAUUUAAGAGAUGAGGAAAACAUCACACAUGUUCUCUCUGGUUUCAGAAGUCGACAGUUUGGGGAAGGGUCAGUAAUAAUUGAAUGUUAUAUUGUUCAAUCGUUAUAUUGCUAUGGAAAGAGUUUGUAUAUGUGAAGAUGUUUCAGUGCCAGGAGGAACAGAACAAACUCUCAGCUUUCUCCAACAGCAUCUGUAAAACUUUUAAUUGGCAGCCUCUCGGGCCGUUUUGAGUUUCACGCUUCUUUUUUUGCACACAGCCAAAGCACAAUUCGUCUGAGUUUCAGAGAGAAACCGUUUGCCGUGUUUUCUGCAUUGCCAAACGUGAAGACGGCACAACAAACUGUCUGACAAAAAGUUUAUUUUAGAAACCGUACAGACUGUUUGUAUAGACACAUGAUGAAGAAUUGUAUUGUACAAAAUAAUAAUCAGAAGCUGUUGUUGUUGAAAUAAAUAAUACGCCUUAUUCACUCGAUGGAAUAAUAAUACGUAUGCAAAAAUACAUUCAUAAUGAAAGCGGCAUUUGUCUCUCAUUGUUUGUUUGUUUAUCACAUCAGGGAGCAACAUUUAUUUUAUAAUAACAGAAGUUAUUCCACGCAAGUUGAGUCGGGCCCCUUCACCACUAGGGGGCCCCCUUGAGUACCGAAUCAAAAACACUAUAAUGUAAACAAGACGCGGAUUCAACUUGCCUUCGGAGUGUUCUGUUACAAACUUAACAGGAAUCAUUUGUAAAUUUCCUUUUUAAUACUUAAUUUAUUUAAUUACUGUGACAUUCUCGGACAUCAUGCAGUGCGCAGGUGAUGACAUGCACAUAAUGUGAUGAUGCGUCUUACAUAUGGCUUCAAAACGAAGCUGUCAAUAACAAAAAGCAACAAAAAGAAGCAAAGAGAACAAGAUCUAGAAGCUAUGUGUUUUUGUACUAUUUUAAAGUCUUAUUUAGUUUAGUCAACUUAUGCAAGUACCUAUUUACAAACAGUUGGUUUGACUGGACGUUCGAUAAUUUAGGGACCGUCUCCAAAGUUACAUACACUUUAAUAUUGUAACUUCAAUAGGAUUUACAGGGAAUGUUUGUCAAAAAAUCAGCUGUACAAUGUUCAUGUGAGUAUCCGCUAUAAUAUAUUUUGUUUGCCCAUGAUAGUAAGUCAUCACAUUUACAAAAAAAUUGAUAUGUUUUGUUUUUGAAUGCUAAGCUUUCUUGAGUAAACUAUAUUUAUCAUGUUUUGUUUUUGUUAAUCAUUCAUUUGGUUAGUAAAAACACAGCAUUUGCAUGUAAAGUUUUUUUGACAGCUGUGUUAAUUGAUUGAUUAUUUUACAGUUAUGUUUAUCUAAAUUUAACUAUGACAAGGCCCCCAGAUGUCUGGGAUCGGCACUGCCUGGCAACCACUCGCGAUCGCAUUGUGUCAUUGAUUUUGUAUU